AGAAGUCUAUGGCUGCUCCGGGAGUGGGGUCGCCGGCGGCGGUAUGGGCGAACGGCGGUGCCGGGGUGGCCGAAGGGGGGUCCACGUCGGUCACGGUUGGGAGUGGGGACGGUGGGCAGACGGUCCCUGGUGCGGCGGCUGGGAAGGCGGGGGAUAAAGUUGUGGAUGAAGUGCGUCUGGCGGAUUCGGCAAAAGGAGAAGUCUAUGUCUGUUUUGAGGGGCCCCUGGGUGCGCAUUUGAAGGCGGAGGUUCGGGAGCGGAUCUGGAAAGGGGAGUAUGUUGAAAUUUUUUCGCUGCUCCCAUUGGAGAAGUUCAACCUGGAUAGGGUUAAACCUGACGAGUCAAAGAAGGAGGAGGAGGAACGCCGACGGUAUCGGCUGAUACCUCGGACGUUUAAUAAUUGGUUACAGGCGUUUGCCAUCUUGGCGAGCGUUAUUGGCGAGAAAGCGCCGGAUAAUUGUUCCGGCCUUUUUUGCUAUCUCGAUUCGGUUGGGGAAGCCUAUAGGACAUAUGGGGGCACCGCUUGGCUGCGAUAUGACGAGCAGUUUCGGCAGCGCAAGGCGGUGCGCCCCUCUCUGCGGUGGGACCACAAGGAUAUCAGCUUGUGGAUGAAACUAAUGGCGGCGCCUCGCGCUCCAGGGGGACAGCAGUCCUUUCGGGAGGGGGCCGGCGGGGCUGGAGCUGGGUCUGGUCGGCCGGCCGGUGCGGCAAAAGGGUGUUGCUGGCAAUUUAAUGAGGGCCAGUGCAAGUUUGGGGAGACAUGCAGAUUCCGUCAUGAGUGCUCCGGUUGCGGAGGUGCCCAUGGUCUGUCGCGGUGUUUUCGAAAAGGGAAGGGUAAGGGCGGAGAUGUUGAAGCAAAAGGGGGUCACGCCGGUGAGGGUGGAAAGGAUGCUUCCUUUUCUAGAGGCGUACCCAAAUAGGCGGGUGGCGGAGUUGUUGAAGAAGGGGUUUUCGGAGGGUUUUCGUAUUCCGUGUUCGCCGGUUAGGGACUUGGGGGUGGUGCGCAACUUGACGUCGGCAUUGGGUCAUCCGGACGUGGUGUCGGCCAAGUUGUUUAAGGAAG